AUGACACCUAGAAAAUUGGAUAAGAAUGAAUCGGAACAAAUACUCUUAUUACUUAAUGAAGCACAAAAGUUUGUCGUACAUGUUCGUACAUCAUCUAUUAUUAAUAAUACCAUUGACAUAACAACAUUAAAUAAUAAUGAAGCUGAUCGACCUGAUCCACUUCGACUACCGGAAGUUAUAAUAGUCAUAUGUGUAUUGUUAUUAUGGUGUGGUUCAAUAUUUAUUUUUAUUCGUCAUUCACAAUUAUUACGUAUUCGUCAUCGUGAUUUACCGUAUCGUUUGUCUAUGAAAGCACCAAUGAAUUUAAAUCAUAUAACUGUUGUUCAUCGUACAAGUGAUAUGGUUAUUCAUUCGAAACCACGUCGUAUAUCAGGUCUUGGUACAGCAUCACCAAUAUAUAGUCAUAGAGCAAAUAAAUAUAAAAAUCUCGAAACAAUUUCAUCAAAUUCAUAUUUAUCUCCAAAAGAACACCAUUCACAUUCAUUUAGUUCAAAUGGUUCAAUAACAAAAUAUUCACGUCAUGGUGAAAAACUUCUUGAUCCGCGUUUGAUAUCAUCUUCUGUAAGAAGAAGUUUACUUGAUUUACAUCAUAAAAGUAUGGAAAAUCUACAUGCGAUAAGAUAUAGUAUGUCUUAUUCAACAAAUGACGUUUCAAGACAUAAUCAAAAUGAUGAUCAACGUAUAAAGUUUGACGAACGAGCUGUACAAGAAUCACCUGUAUAA